AUGAGGAGCAGUAGUUCGGAACUGCUCCUAGACCAGCAAGAGGAGCUUCGUAGACAAAAAAUUAAGGAACUAGCAGCUGCCAAAAAAAGUAAAAUACCAACUGGACGAUCAUGUCGAGAACAAGCUAUAUUUUAUUCCACAAGCGUGUUAGCUGUAAUGGCGAUGUCUGCUGGAUCAUCUUUGUUAUUUUUGGUACCUUUAUACGUAGAUCCAGCAAUAUCCACAUUGGCCUCCAAUUUCGUAACUGAACCAGUGACUUGUGUGACUACUAGGAUAGAAGAACUGACCGGGCUUGCGAAUUGUUCGUGGAGUUCUUGUAGAGAAGGCUGUACAAGUGACGCCUAUCACUGUACGCACAUAUAUGUUAGUUAUAAUAACAGUAAGGAAGAUCCACACAACCAAACUGACGAUGCAGUGUUAUUGGUGAACAUUAAGGGAUGCGGCUAUCCACCCAGUGUGCUCUGUCUGAACUUCACGGAAACAUACGGAGUCGAAGGUACUGAAUUUCCUUGUUACCAUUCCCGUCAGAACCGGACUGUUGUUCUUACGCAUUACGAAAGGGAUGAGCAGAUUGCCAUUAUAAUCCAUUAUUUUGCGGUGCCCUUUAUAAUAACUUUAGCCACAUCAGUAGCGCUCUGCGUAAUGCACUGUGACUGCCGGUGUCAUCCCACGACUCACCACAAACGACCCAGACGCCCAAGGAUCCAAGAUCUGAGUGAUGGCUCCAUUAAUAUUGGGGUUGACCUCCGACAUAAUACCAGCUAUCAUUCUGACUUAGCCGCUAUUAGGCCAACGUAA